AUGAGUCCAAUAUUUAUCAUUUUAAUUUUUACACUGCUGCUACUUUUGUUCAAUUACGUCUGGUCGAGACGUAAAUAUUACAAAGUUUAUUGGCAAUUACCGGGACCUUUAGGCCUACCGUUCAUUGGCUUAGGUUUAAGUAUGUUAAAGCCAGAAAAACUUCUUCAAUUUGUGGAAACGUUAUCGCAAAAUUAUAAAACACCUUUUAUUCUUUGGAUGGGCGGCAAAUGUUUUCUUUACGUAAAUGAUCCAAAAACUGUGGAAACUGUAUUUCAUACCACUCAAUGCCUUAAUAAAGGCGACUUCUACAAUUUCGUUAGUGAUGUCAUAGGUGAUGGUUUGUUUACAUCUAGUGCACCACGUUGGCAAAAGCAUCGGCGGCUGAUACAACCAUGUUUCAAUCGUCAAGUUUUAUAUGAAUAUAUUCCAAUUUUCAAUAAAGAAGCUAAUGCGCUUUUGCAUAAAUUAUCAUUAUCUCAGGAUCAACCUCUGGAAAUAUAUGGGUGUUUAAAACAAAGUGUUUUAGGCAUUUCUUGUUUAACAACAAUGGGUAAAAAAAUGGAUUUUCAACAUGACGAAACAUCUUCAAUCAUAUUCGAUUCUUACAAUAGUUUAAUUGAACUGUGCGUUAAAAGAAUGCUGUCACCCUGGCUGUAUCCGAAUGUCAUCUAUCAUUGUUCAAAACUUUCUCAACGGCAACAACAAUCCGCUAGUAAUCUCCGCAAAUUCGUUGAGCAAAUGUUGCAACAAGGACACCAAAAACAACAACAACAACAUCAGCAGCUUAAAACUAGCGACGUCAAACCGUCUUUGCCAUUAGCUACGCCGUCCAAAGCAUUGCAUCAUACCAGCAACAACAACGAAAGCAACAAUAAUGACAAUUGUAAAAUUAGACCUGCUACUAAUGUCAGUAGCCAAUUCAAAGUUGCUGGCGUAAAUACUACCAGUGUUGAACACAUUGAUGACGGCGGUGACAGCAUUAGCAAAUCAAAGGCAGUUUCUUUUAUUAAAAAAAUGCUUAAUUGCAUUGAAUUAAAUCAACUGACAUGGCAAGAGGUACGAGAUGAAGCCAACGUUAUUGUGGCGGCGACCUUUGAGACUACCUCAACGGCUUUGUACUUAGUAUGCUUGUGCUUGGCCAUGCAUCCCAAAUGUCAAGAAAAAUUAUAUCAUGAACUUGACGAAAUUUUCUCUACAGUUAAUCAUGAUAAUCAACCAAAAACUAUUAAGGGAAACAUAAUGGAUAACAAACAAUCAUCAUUAAGCAGCAGCUGCAACAAAGAGAACACCAACAAAAAGUUCGAUAACGGACAUCAGUUAAUACUUGAUGAUAUAACAAUAGAGCAACUGGAGCGUAUGCAGUACACGGAAAUGGUAAUUAAUGAGGCUAUGCGUCUCUUUGCUCCUGUGCCUAUAGUGUUGCGACGGGCAUCCGGUGAUUUUCGCCUAACUAACGGUGUACUUAUACCUGAGGGUACACAAAUCGCUAUCGACAUUUAUAAUAUGCAACGCAGCAUUCAAAUUUGGGGACCAAAUGCUAAACAGUUCCGCCCUGAAGAGCAUUUUUGUAAUAACGCACUCAAUCAUGAACAAUCGUUUGCCUUUGUACCCUUUACUAAGGGAUUGCGUAUGUGUAUCGGUUAUCGUUAUGCUCUGUUGCUGAUGAAAAUUAUGCUAGCAAAAAUUUUUGUCAAUUUUCGCUUGCACACUACAGCCACUCUAGACGACCUAAAGGUAAAAGGUACAAUUUCCUUAAAAUUGCAACAUUAUCCGUUGUGUGAAGUGGGGCAAAGAACGAGACAAACAAAGAGGAAAGAAUAAUAAACGAGUUCAAUUUAAUUCACCUCAGUAAACAGAAUUAACGUACUUACGCACACUUACUUACCUAUGAAAGAGAACGCAAAAGGAAUAUACAAUAAAUUUACUCUAUCAAGCACAGAUGACCGCUAAGGUACGCACACCGGUAGAGGCCAUAACUUAAUAUUCAUAAAUAUACCAUUAAUGGCAAAUAUUUUGAACGCAAAAGAGAGAAAAAAUUCAAUUAAACGCCGAGGCCAUAAAAUCAUUAAAAAAAAAGGCUCAUCAAAAUUCUUUAACGAUUCUGAAUAUGUCGUGCUUAUUCCACAGAGAAAACUGAGAAGCAGGGAGCAAAAGUAAAAUAUUAAAAAAUAAUUUAAUAAAUAUUUAAUUUUAUCACUUGUUGAAUACUUGUAUAAAGCAGUCCCAUACCAACACACACACACACAAAUAUGUCCACGCAACAUUGAUCGACGUGCAGUAUUUUCUAAACUCUAUGAGCGAGAGGUUUACACUAGGGCUAUUACACCUUAUGUAAACACAGGGAAAUGGGCAAUACAGACAUUGGGAAUACUCAAAAUUUUAAAACAAAAUUAAAACAAAGUCCAAUUAAUGCAAGGAUUUGAUAUUGAGUUUGUUCUUCUACAUAAAGUUAGUUAACCAUAGCUAUGACAAACAAUGAAACGAAUAUGUGUAAAUCGACUGCUCUGGUCAAGAAACAAUUUCAAUU